AUGGAGGGAGCCUUCUCACCAUUACUGGUGUUCACGGCUGCCCUGCUAGAAUUCAGUGUGCAGUGGCCCUCAGGGACACCGGGGUCAGGGCCUGUGCACAUGAUGAGUCCUGACACCCCCUCAGACUACCAACACCCUGCUCAUGCAGGAUCCUUCACAGCUGAGGGACUGAGGCAGAUUCCAGGGGAGCAAGACAUUCCUGCAGGCUCCCUCUCUGCCUCUGCCGGCCCAGACACGCGUCUCUCCUGGUGUUCCGUCCAGCCCCUCUCCCUUGCACGCAAACGCCAUCACGAAAGGGGUCGGGCACCGAAGGACGGACUUCUAGCCUCGCCUCAGUCGCCAGCAAGAAUGCGCCUCCGCCCUGCAUCCUUCCGGCCCUCCCCCACGUCAGAUCCCCGACCCAAGAACUCCGGGCUCCCUGAGCACCCCUCCUGCUUGUCCCAAAAGGAGUCCUCGGGCAGUGGGGACCUGAGGAGGAGCCAAGAGCGGAGGGACUGCCUCCCCACACCCCCUCCUCUCCUCAAGGGACCCGGGCAGCACCUCCAAGAGCUCCUGCUUCUGCUCUGGCUGCCUGCCAACCUGGCCCACCAUGCUGCCCCGCUCAGGGGACCCCAUACCCAGGAGACCACGCGCUGCUACUCCGCUGACGAGCUGACCCUAGGCCAGCCUCCCCAACACCUGUUGGCUCGAAGCGCCCGGUGGGAGCAGACCUUACCAGUAACCCUGGUGUCAAGCGUCGAGACGGCGGGCCGCAGGAGACGGCAGGACAGGUCCCCAGCAGAGAACCCGUGCCCGGUGCUUCGGCCAGAGCAGGUGUUGGAGGCAGAGAUCCAUCAGCGUUCCAUAUCACCCUGGAGAUACCGCAUCGACACGGACGAGAACCGCUACCCGAAGAAGCUGGCCUUCGCCGAAUGCCUCUGCCGGGGCUGCAUCGACGCGCGCAGCGGCCGCGAGACGACGGCGCUCAACUCGGUUCAGCUGAGCCAGAGCCUGCUCGUGAUAAGGCGCCGCCCGUGCGCCCCCCACGGCGCCGCCCACCCCCAGCCCGGGGCGGUAACCUUCCAAGCCGAGUUCAUCCGCGUACCGGUCGGCUGCACCUGCGUCGUGCCCAGAUCGACGCAGUGA